GAGACCCCCCUCACGGAAAAACUGUGCUAACUGUGGUGUACAGCUGCAGAGAUGCGCGACACAGAAAAACAAGAAGAAGCGAGGGAAAUGGAAAGACAGCGCGGGGGAUGAGAAGAACAGCUGAUGAUAAAUGAUCUGAGAUGCUCCGACACACCGAGGGACACCGUCUUCGCCGCUUCGCUCUUUGGACAUAAUAAAACGCGAAGAGGUGGCUUUGGAUCGUGCAUUGAUCCGAAUACAGUGGACGGGAGGGGUCGAUCAUGGGGAACGAAGCGAGCCUGGAAGGAGGCGAAGGGCCGCCGUCUGGGCUACCAGAGGGGCUGGCACCUGACGGGAAGGGUGGCUUUGUCCGGGUCCCUGAAGGGACUCCGGUCAACCUCAGUGAACUCACCGAGGAGGAGAGGAGGCAGCUCGCCGCGGCGAUGUCAAGGGCGCAAAGCAGGCAGCCCGGGGGCGCAGCAGCUGCACGAAGACCGUCAGAAUCUGAUGCCCAGCAUCGUCCCCAGCAGGUAGGGGCCUCCAAAGGCCCUACAGGUCUCAGUAAGAGCCGCACUGUAGACGCCUUCAAUCAGGGUCCACCUGGCAGGCCCGCUCCGGGCCGCAGCCCCUCAUCCCUAAGCCUUUUUGAAUCCAGAUUCCGGCAAGAGCCAAAAGACCCAGAGACUAAGUCAGGCAUGUUUGGCUCCAGCUUCCUCAGCGGGGCCAACCCGCUCAGUGCUAUGACCUCCUCCAUAUCCUCCAUGGGCGAUUCUGUCAACAUGCCCAAAUUUGGACUAUUUGGGGAUGAGGAGGGAGAUACACCUGAGUCCAAGCAGGGAGGAAAGCCACCAGGCAAGGGUCCUCAGCAAGGGCCAGGUCCAAAGGGCCCACAACAGGGAGGACCUCAGAAACAGGGUCAGGGUCCUCCUGGACAAGGGCCAAAGCCAGGGCAGGGACCCAAGCAAGGUCAGGGACCACCAGGUCAGGGGCCCAAAUCAGGCCAGGGUCCCCCAGGCCAAGGACCACCUGGGCAGGCCCCCAGGCAAGGUCAGGGACCACCAGGCCAAGGACCCCCAGGGCAACAGGCCCCAAAACCAGGUCAGGGACCACCAGGUCAAGGCACCAAACAGGGUGGCCCUCCCCAGCAAAAAGGUGGACCCCCUCAACAAGGACCCAAACAGCAAGGACCACCAGGCCCUGGGGCUCAUCCUGGAGAGCGAGCGAAGAAUGGAGGGCCUCCAGGUCAGCAGGAGGCUGGGAAACCUGCAGGAGGACUCUGUCCACUGUGUAAGACCACCAAGCUGAACACUGGAUCUAAAGACCCACCUAAUUACAAUAACUGCACUGAGUGUAAGAACCAGGUCUGCAGCCUCUGUGGGUUCAGCCCGCCAGAUUCAGAGGGCAAAGAAUGGCUGUGUCUGAACUGCCAGAUGCAGCGAGCGAUGGGAGGCAUGGAUCCCCCUGGAAUGACAAAACCUAAACAAGGCUCUGCCCCACCCUCUCCCCAGAGACAGGCACCUGGAAAGCCUGGCAAGCUGCUGAUAAAGCAGCAGAGUACCACUGACCAUGGAUUAACACCGCCAACAACACCGAGGCAGAAAUCCCCAGGUCCUACCUCUCCUGGACCACUUUCCCCAGGAGUGGGAGGAUCCCCUAAAAUAGACCCCAAGACAGGCCGCCCCAUUCAGCCGAAGUCCAGUCCCCAGCAGUCUCCCGCUAAAGCCAAGCAAGAGUCCAGCUUCUUUGGGGGGUUCAGUCUGGGAGGCUUAACAGACUCGGCCAAACCUCCUGCGGCUGCUCCACAAGCGUCCGAGUCCGUUAAAGGGAAGCUGUUUAGCGGGUUUGGUGGUUUGAUGGAAUCGAAGCCUCAAGCGCAGGCCGCAUCAAAGCAGGAGGAGUCAGUGGCUGGAAAGUUGUUUGGAGGUUUUGGAGGGUUGACAGAAUCAGCAAAACCUCCCGCUGCUGCUUCUCAGAUGUUCAGCUUUGGAUCGACGCUCUUGAGUUCAGCCACCAAUAUUGUUAGCGGAGAAGAUGAGAAAAAAUCAGAUUCUCAGUCAGCCUCAGACUCCCUGAUGGACUCCGGACCAGGUUCUCCUCCAGAUUCAGACCCUGGCUCGGCACCUGACUCCCCUUUCUCUCCUCCUGGGUCUCCUCCUGAUUCAGAAUCUGCACCUGACACUCCACCUGCUAAGUUCACGAAACCUCCGAGAACCAUUUCUGUGGAACAGGAAGAGAAUGUCCCAGCAGCCCAACCUUCACCUGCCACAACCUCAACAACCAAGGAAAGCUGCCCUCUCUGUAACGUGGAUCUGAACAUUGGAUCAGCAGACAUGCCCAACUACAGCCUUUGCACCGAGUGCAAGAAGAAAGUGUGCAAUCUGUGUGGAUUUAAUCCUACUCCCCAUUUAGGAGAGAAAGAAUGGCUUUGCCUCAACUGUCAGACCCAAAGAGCCAUGUCAGGCCAGCUGGGAGACAUGCCACCUCCAGCCAUGGCUUCCCCAAAGAAGCAACCACCUACUCCUGAUCCCUCUUCUACCCCUGCCCCUGCUGCUGUAGAUAGCAAACCUGUAGUAGAAGCAGUAGACCUAACCCCACCAGCACCUGAAGCCAAGGUGAAAACAGUGGAGACCUUAAAAGAGCCUGAUGAAAAAGAAAUGACUGCCAAGGAGGGAAGUCCCACCAGCCCAUCAGACCUAGCAAAGCUGGAAAGCACCGUCCUUCCUAUUCUUGAGGCUCAGGCAAGCACGCAACCAAAAGAUGAGGAGAAACUAACAGACACUCUAAAGACUAGACGUAAAUUAGAGGUGCUUCCUCUCUCACCUGACUCACCAAGCUCAGAGGAUGACAGAGAACUUUCUGAGAAGAAUACCAAAGUUACCACAAAGAAAAAGCUUCUUGUGCCCAUGGAUGUCAGAGCAGAUUCCCUGGAUGAUAGCAGUGAAAGCUUUGGAAAAGAAAGCCCAAUGUCAGGAGAUGAUGAGGAAUUUAUCCGAAAACAGAUAAUGGAAAUGAGUGAGAAUGAGGAUGCUUCCCCAUCUGAUGAGGAAAAUCUAAUUCGACGAAAGAUCAGAGAGGAAGAGAAGAAAAAAAUGGAACAGACAAAAACAGAGGGUGUCGAGAGGAGCUCAUCAGGAAAAGCCAGGCGACUUAUCAAGAGAAGCACGAUAAGUCCUGAUGAUGAAGAAGAAAAGCAACUCCGGAGCUCAUUGGAUAAACCUGAUAUAGACAGAGAGGAGGUACAAGAACUAAAAGAAGAGGAGGGUCAGACUGGUACUGCAGUUCGCAAAUUCCAAACCAUGGAGCUGAAUGCAACUAGCAGCCCUAUGCGUAUACCUAAUGAUGAUGGAGAGCCAGAAAUGGAAAGCCUUACCGACUCUCCGGAUGAUCGUUCUAGAGGUGAUGGGUCAUCCAGUCUACAUGCAUCCAGCUUCACUCCUGGGACAUCCCCAACAUCUCUCUCAUCACUGGAUGAAGACAGUGACAGUAGUCCUGGCCAAAUCCGUUCUGGUGAAGGAAAGCAACACAGGAAAGCAAAACACAGACAGCCUGGUCAAAUGUUGCCAACUAUUGAAGACUCUUCUGAGGAAGAAGAGUUACGGGAAGAAGAGGAACUCCUUAGGGAGCAAGAAAAACAGAGGGGCUCAGGGAAAAAAUCCAAGAAAGAUAAAGAAGAGAUUCGAGCCCAGAGGAGGCGAGAGCGUCCAAAGACACCACCAAGCAACCUGUCCCCCAUUGAAGAUGCCUCACCAACUGAGGAACUGAGGCAAGAGGCUGAAAUGGAGGAGAUCAGACGAUCAUCCUGCUCUGAUUUCUCUCCCAGUAUUGAAUCAGAUCCUGAAGGGUUUGAAAUCCAUGCCUCAAAGAUUGCAGCAGUUCAAAAAACAUAUCAACUCCCCAUAUCAGUAUCUCUUCAUUCCCCAACAGAUGAUCAAAAUACUGAUAAACAGAAAAAAGCUCUCAAAUCUGCUGAUGAGGCUUAUGAGGAAAUCAUGCUGAGGGCCACGUCUCCAACAGUUGACAAAGGUGAGAUUCAACCAGGAAAAGAGUCCCUUUAUGGAGGUAUGCUCAUUGAAGACUAUGCCUAUGCAUCUCUUAUUGACAAUACAACACCUAGUGUGGGGGAUCAGGAGAAGAUUGUUGUUCCUGCUCAACCCAAAAAACUGAGAUCACCAGAUGAGGUUUAUGAAGACAUGUUAAAGAAGAGGAAAGAAUUCAUCCAGCUAGAGCAGGAAUAUCAAAAUAUGCAUCCAAAAAAGGAAAGCACUAAUCCAGAAAUUGUGUUGCAACCUGCUGAGAACACCUUCUCCAAAAGCAGUACAGUAACAAUAGACAAAGACGGGAAGCAAUUGUUGGAUGCUGAAACUGCCUAUGAAGAGCUAAUGAAAAGGGUGCUGACUCCUGGAACAAGUCCAACUCAACAAGAGCCAGGAAUGGAACCCACUGCAUCUAGAAGGGCACUCCACCCCAUCCCAGACUUAAAGGUAACACAAUGCUCUUCAGGAGAGUUGUCUUCUGAUGAUGAGAGUAUGAGCAAAAGGGGAGAGGAGGUAACGGCAGUAUCAGACACUGCAUCAGCUAUGGAAACUGAGCCUGUGGCAGCGUUAUCUGAAUCUCCUUCAUCAUCCACAUCAGAUCAGCAACCUCACACCACAACUGCAGCAUCCCAGGCUGAAGUUGUGGACUUAUCUAGUGCACUCCCAAGAACAUCAGCCCAUGUGAUUGACAGUACAUCACCCUUGCCUACAGUCCCCCAGUACACGCCCAGUAUUCCCAGCGUAGUAUCAACUGCCCCACCUGUGCCCCCAAAGCCAAGUGUCCCACGUAGGGCUAAUUCUCAGGAAAAAGCAGAAGUACCUGCUGCACCACCACUGCCUCCGCCAACCCCACCAAAGCCUACUGUUUUUCCCAGGAAACCACCAGUACCACUUCCAUCUCAGGCUCCAGCAGCUCCAAUCAGGCCAGAGACAGUGGCUAUGCCAGCAGCCCAAGGAUCACCUACAAGACAACCAGUUACACCAAUGUACAGGCCUCAUGUUCCCCCUCCUGUUCCCCCAAAGCCAUCAAUUCCUGCUGGUAUUGGGGAUAGCAGACCAGGGCAUGGUGUCAAGCCACCAAUUGCUCCAAAGCCUGGCUCGCAGCCUUCUUCACCUGCCCAUGUCCCUUAUCCACCAAGACCAACAGUACUUCCCACUGGUCCUACUGACAUAGCCCUGAAUCUGAGCCCGUCUUCUGAGAGCAAGCCGUUUCAACCCUCACCAAAGUCUCCUACUUCUCCAAGAUAUGCCAGCAAUCUUCGUGACACAUAUGUGGUCAUUACACUGCCAUCUCAGCCCAGCUCUCCAGUAGACAGUGUCUCAACUCAAGCUCCAUCUAGCCCUGGUCCAGCAUCUCCUUCACGCCAAGCUCAGCUCCAAAGUUAUUACCAACCACAGCCUCAAUUGCAAUCAUAUCCACAGCAGCAUCCACAAUCAACCCCUCCUCAAACAACCAGGGUGCCUCUGGCAUACACUCGUUUCACAGAAUCCAUUGAAAAUCAAGAGAUCUGUGGCCCAGAAAAACAUGUAUCUAGUUCUUGUCACAUAAUUGAGGCCAUAUCUGCCUCAGCACAGCCACCUGUGGUUAUGCCUAAUCUCAUCUCUCAAGUGGUCACUACUGAAGUCCAAAGGACCAUGGUCUCUGUUGUUCAUGAAAGGACACCACCACCAGUGCCAGCUCCAAGGGCAAAUGGUGUCCCAAUCUCAAUGGAGAAACCUAUUCCCCAAUUGCCAGCACAAAAUGGACAGAUCUCUCAACCGUCUGAGGUAGUAGAUCUUAGGACUAUGAAGGUGGACCCAGAAUCAGACAUGAAUGGUGUUGAUCUGUCUUCUAGCCCAGACUCCAGACGUCAAUCCUUUGUAACUGAUGUCAGUCGUCAGAACAGUGCAGUGCAGUCACCUGUGGUCAACCUCAGUGCUGAGUCAUCCACUGUAUCUAUAGUGACUGAUAGCAUCACCAUUGUGACAUGUUCUGCCACAAUCCAGCAACGUGACAAUAUGGACAUCUCUCAAACAUCUUCAGUGCCCCUUCAGCUAACAAAAAACAAAGCAUUUGAGCCUGUUUCACAAAUUAUAUAUCGGCCAAUUGAUUCUCAGCCCCCCACUCAUGUUGGUACAGAGAUACCUAUUAACCUCUCUGUUGGAUCAAGCAUAGGUGGAGGAACUUUCCAGACCACCCCUGUCACUAUUGCACCCACUUCUAUUGCAAGUUGUGCUGCCAAUGGAUUAACUACAGGUACAACCACAGUGGCAGGGGCUGUUGAUCUUAGCACGACAAAACCAUUCAACACUGUGGUAACAAUGGAUGCUGCAUCUGCAGAAGUGGCCACAGCUGUGAUCACAGAUGACGAUGGCAAACCAGUGGAUCUGACUGCAGGAAAAAGAGCUGUAUGCUGCGAUGUUGUGUACAAACUCCCAUUUGCAGGAAGCUGCACUACUCAGCAAGCUACCACACCCCUGCCUGAAGACCGUUUUGGAUAUCGUGAUGACCAUUACCAGUAUGAUCGAUCACCUUAUGGCAUGAGAGGAUUUGGUGGAAUUAAACCGUCGAUGUCAGAUACUAACCUAGCAGAAGCUGGCCUGUUCUUUUACAAGAGUAAGAACAGCUAUAAUUUCAGUGGCACCACAGAGGGUGCAGUAGAUCUUACCUCUGCAAAGAUUUCUGAUGCAGGUGAAGCUGUUGACUACUCCAAGAAAGGGACUUACGCAGGAAUGACAAUUCCACCCUAUUCCCAAGCCAGAGUCACAAGUGCUGUUGGCACACUCUUUGGUACAAGCAGCGUCUUGAGGUCAUCAAACGGAGUGGUCUAUUCCUCUGUUGCAGCACCAAUACCAUCUACAUAUGCCAUUACUACCCAACCUGGGUCCAUCUUUAGUACAACUUACAAUACCCUGUCAGGUAUGCAUACCAGCGACACCAUGCCUUCUCUGUCCAAUCUCCAGAAUGUGCCACUGACACGGUCCCACAGUUUCUUGUCCACUAUCUCCAUUACUGCAACAGAAGAGGAAGGUGAUGCCCCACUCAAUCUGGAGAUCUCUAGAGAGGGUACUACUGCUGCCCAGGCUGGCACCAGAACAACAACCUCUUUAUCGCUUGACACCUACACUGAUGCAUCCCUGGAGGCCAUAGCUGCUUCACUUGAGGCUCUGUCUUCACCCAUGGUUCCUGGGGAUGGCCAGUAUCAGGCUGAGCGUGAGAGGCUAGAAAUGGAGAAACUCAAACAACAGCGCCUGGCUGAAGAAUUAGAAUGGGAGCGCCACGAGAUUCAGCGAUUCCGUGAGCAAGAACAGCUCUUGGUACAGAAGGAACUAGAGGAACUGCAGGCCAUGAAGCAGCACAUCCUAACUCAACAAGAAGAGGAAAGACAGGCUCACCUUAUGAUGCAGAAGGAAACUUAUGCUCAACAACAGCAGCAACUGGAACAGAUUCAGAGACUCCAAGAACAACUGCGCCUGCAACUAGAAGAGCAAAAGCUACGUCAGAUGUACCCAGGUGGGGACAUACCAGGGCAUGGCUUGCAGGAGGCAAUUGUCUUAGGACCUGAUGGCACAGUGCUGGCCCGAAAGAUUACCGAUAGUGGGUGCCAGACAGAUGAAGAGGAUGAGACAGUCAGCAAAGCUUAUACAGCAGGGAGAAAGAAGAGGAGUGCUAAAAAGAGUGUUGACAGUUGUGUGCAGACUGAUGACGAGGAUCAAGAGGAAUGGGAGGCUCAGACAAGAAGCCGACAAAGCCGGCCACGCACCGCUAGAGGUGAUAGGGGUGGGCAAUCAGAGGUAUCACUUCAGGCCCACACUGAGAUUUCUAUACAAACAGAUACAGAUGGGAACAUUAGAAUGGACACCAGGCUGGAGUUGUCUGACUCUGAAAGGACCUCACCAAAGAAACGACCUACACCCUUGGAAAUAGGCCAGUCUGCUAACCUCAAAGUUGAUUCCUCAACACUUCAAGCCCCUCCUAAAUCUCCCAAAGUGCUCUAUUCCCCCAUAUCCCCCUGUAUAUCCCCUAGCAAAUCCCUUGAGUUUGUGUCCUAUGAGAAGUCACUGGGUGAUACAAGUCCACAAAAGCUUAGAGGAAGUGAGGACCCAUUAAAAGCCUCUCCAGGAAGUCCCAGGGGACCAAAAGCCAUGCAGAGAUCCAUGUCUGAUCCUAAGCCCAUGAGUCCAACAGGAGAAGAAAGGGCAACAUCUGGAACCCAGUAUGGUGAUAGCUAUACUGGGAAAGGCUCAGGUGGCACACCAACAGGGACUCAAAAGAAGGUGAAGAGAACUCUUCCCAAUCCACCAUCAGAGGAUGAGUCAACAAACACUGGCCAAACUGCAUACAGCACUGGUUCUGCCCGCCGAAGAAUGUGCCGCAAUUCAAACAUGGCACGUGCCAAGAUUCUACAAGACAUUGAUCGUGAGCUAGAUUUGGUGGAGCGUGAGUCCUCCAAGCUCCGCAAAAGACAAGCAGAGCUAGAUGAGGAGGAGAAAGAGAUUGAUGCCAAGCUUAGGUACUUGGAGAUGGGCAUUAAUCGUAGAAAAGAUGUGCUACUUAAGGAGAGAGAAAAGAGAGAAAGGGCCUACUUACAGAGUGUUGCAGAGGACAGAGACUAUAUGUCAGACAGUGAGGUUAGUAACAUUCGAGAGACUAGAGGUGGGCGUGGAAGUGGUGAAGAUGAGGAGAUUGAAGAGCAUGGUCUUGAACGUCCCAGGACAGCUCCCCAGUCAGAAUUGGAUGACUUUGUCCCACCUCAGACCAAGCAUGAGUAUGGAAAAUACUCCCAAUACCAAUACCCUCAAAACCAAUACCAGCAGUCUCUCUACCAGAGUCCCCAGUCCUACCAGUCUCAUUCUAUCUACUCUUCUGUCCCCUCAUUGACUAGCUCCCAGCAGCAGAGUUACCACCAGAUGCUCCUUUUGCAGCAAAAAGCUGCCAGACAAGCAGCCCUCCUCUCAGAGCUAGAUGCUACUAAAUAUGAUGUCAUUAGCCGCCAGCCUGAUCCUACAUCAUCAGCUUACAUGGGAGUCAAAUAUGACAAAUAUGGCAACCAUCUUGAUCUCAGAGCUUUGGAUGUGGGAAGUAUAGCACGUAGCCCUAUGUCAGCGGUCUCUGAUUCCUAUUACACAGAUGUAGAUCACCAUACACCCCGGAGUUACAUGUUGUUGGAAGAUGCUGCAGAACUGGCAAAGGGCUCUACAGGUCUGUCUUCAUCUUAUAGUCUGGCUGAACGAGAGCUGGCCAAGGCAGAGAAGCUACUACGCAGGAGUGCUGCAGAUCUGGGGUCUACUGACUAUCUGGGAUCCACCUCUAGACUACAUACAUUUGGAAAGACCCCUGAUGAAGAGGAUACAAUGGAGGAACCCUAUGAACUGAAGCUUUUGAAGCAGCAGCUUAAGCAAGAGUUUAGGAGAAGUACGGGAUCAGACAACUUAGAACAGCUGACAGGUCUCUCUCAGCACUACUAUACCCCAAGCUCCAGCAUCUCUAGUUACUCCCAAAGGCAUUAUCCAAAGUCAGAUAAAUACAGCAUCAGUCGUCUUACUCUAGAGAAGCAGGCUGCUAAACAACUCCCAGCAUCAAUGUUGUAUCAAAAACAUAAGACUCCACUGUUAGAUCCUAAGAUUUCCUCCAAGUAUUCCUCUAUUACAGACACCAGAGGUUUGGAGACAGACUACACCAGUUAUCUCGGGUCUACCAGUCCAUCUCCAAGAAGCCGGCUCUCUCAGGAUGAGAUUACCUUCGGCCUUCGUAAGAAUAUUGCAGAGCAGCAGAAAUACCUGGGGUCUACGUUGGGUGCCAACUUGGCUGGGUCACUGAACUUAGGCCAGAGUUUAGGUUUGGACUCUGCCUAUCCUAGUGGUAGUCGCUCAAGACCCUCAUCCAGGCCAACAUCUUGCUAUGGCCUGGACUUGUCUAUCAAAAGAGAUCCUUCCAGCUCUUCGCUGAGGCUUAAAGGAGAUGGUGAAGCAUCUGGAGAUGGACCAAGCUAUCAAACCCCCUCUGGUCGCACCAAACCCACUAGCCUUCCCAUUGUGCAAAGUGGCCGUGGCCGAAUACCCAUAGUGGCCCAGAACUCAGAAGAAGAGAGUCCAUUGAGCCCUGUUGGGCAGCCUAUGGGCAUGGCCCGUGCAUCAGCGGGACCUCUGCCGCCCAUCUCAGCCGAUUCAAGGGACCAGUUUGGUUCCUGCUUGUCUUUGCAGGACACCCAGCAGCAGCAACAUAUCAGGGAAGAGCCAACCAGGGGUAGGGGUUAUGUGCUACUGGAUGACCUUCAGGGCACCAUGUCAGAUAGUGAAGCCCUAAGUGAUUCCCUGAUGGCUUUGAACAGAGACGAUGCAACCAAUGCCUACCACCUUAGACGAGAAGAGACAGACUGGUUUGACAAACCUAGGGACGGACGGUCGGAGAACGGACAAGAGAAGAGACAGGGAAAAGGCCCGUACUACCCCUUCCCUCACCUCAGGGUCAAACUGCAGAGGGAUCCCAAAGACCGCAGUGUCUCAGGAAAUGGUCUGGGUAUCCGUGUGGUUGGAGGGAAAGAGGUCCCGGGCUGUAAUGGAGACAUUGGAGCCUACGUUGCCAAAGUCCUACCAGGUGGAGCUGCAGAACAAACAGGAAAGAUUCUUGAAGGAAUGCAAGUCCUGGAGUGGAAUGGUGUUCUUUUGACGGGGAAAACCUACGAAGAGGUACAGGGGCUCGUCGGACAGCCGUGUAAUGAAGCAGAAGUGUGCGUCAGACUUGAUCUCAACAUGCUGGCUGAGUCUGAGGGGACCGACCACCUGGAUUUCCAGGAGAACAGCAAAGGAGACAGACCUCCCAGGUCUCCAGGUGUUGACCCCAAGCAGCUGGCUGCUGAGCUGCAAAAGGUAUCUCAGCAGCAGGCUCCCACCUCCACCUCUUCCUCCGGCCUGCCCGCCACCACCUCAGCGACCUCCAGCCCCGGUCAGCCAGGAUCACCCUCCGUCAGCAAGAAACGCCACAGCAGCAAGACUGCAGAGGGAACGAAGACCCAGUCCCACCCCAUAUCUGGAGAGAUACAGCUUCAAAUCCACUACGACAAGCAGCUUGGCAACUUGAUCGUUCAUGUCCUGCAGGCCAGAAACCUUGUCCCGCGGGACAACAAUGGCUACUCUGACCCAUUUGUUAAAGUUUAUCUCCUACCAGGGAGAGGUCAGGUCAUGGUUGUCCAGAAUGCCAGUGCUGAAAAUAAGAGGAGGUCCAAACACGCAGGCAAGAGUCUCAACCCUGAGUGGAACCAGACUGUCAUCUAUAAAAACAUCCUGCUUGAGCAAUUGAGGAAGAAGACCCUGGAAGUGAGCGUGUGGGACUACGACAAGUGCUCCUCUAAUGAUUUCUUAGGAGAGGUCCUUAUAGAUCUGUCCAACACAGCCCAGCUGGACAACGUCCCACGGUGGCUCCCCCUUAAGGAGCAGAGUGAGGGGGAUCACCACCGGCGUUCCCACUCAAGCCAGGGCCGACACAGUUCCUCUAAACCCUCCUCACAGCACUCCUCCCCUAAAACCACUGGCUCCUCGCAUGACAAUCAGGAUUCCCCAAAAUCAUCUGUCAUCAAGAGCCGAAGUCACGGGAUCUUUCCAGAUCCGGCCAAGGACACGCAGGUGCCCACUAUCGAGAAAUCUCACAGUAGCCCUGGCACAUCGAAGCCUUCCCCGUCCGAGGGCCAGAGCCACAGCCACGGACACAGCCAACACUCUCGCUCGCACGGCGCUUCACGCUCCAGCAAAAGCGCUGCACGGCAACACCAUCAGGAAGGCGGCACUGGAAGCGGCAGAGGCGUUGCCAUAGCAACGGGCGAUGCCCAACAGCAGUCACCGCAGCCGCAGCAACGCCUCCAACCAACUCGGUCGGGCUACAGAUCCAGUGAUGCCCCGGUCACGGCAGCCUCUUUGGACAGCGGCCUGAGUGGUAGCGCUUACAGCCUAUUGGACGAAGAAGGAGAGACAAACGAGGUGGACAGUGCCAUCUUCCAGGUGCCCCGAUUUGGAAAGAUCCCAAACGGCACAGACGUGAUGAAAUCAUCAAUGGGACACGGUGACAUCGAAGGUAAGUCCCAGAUAAUGGGGGAGAUAAAGAUUGCUCUGAAAAAGGAGAUCAAGACGGAGGGUGAGAACCUGGUCCUUGAGAUUCUUCAAUGUCGCAACAUCACCUACAAGUUCAAGAGUCCAGACCACCUGCCCGAUCUUUAUGUAAAGCUCUACGUGGUGAACAUCGCCACCCAGAAAAGGAUCAUCAAGAAGAAGACAAGAGUGUGUCGUCAUGACCGUGAGCCGUCUUUUAAUGAAACCUUCCGCUUCUGUAUGAACCCCACCGGACACUCUCUACAGCUGUUCCUGGUGUCCAAUGGUGGCAAGUUUGUAAAGAAGACCCUGAUUGGGGAGGCCUACGUAUGGCUGGACAAAGUCGACCUACGCAAGCGAGUGGUGAGCUGGCACAAGUUGCUUGCCAGCACCGCCCAGAUCCACUCAUAGAAGGAGACUCAGUCUAAAAAAAAACUAGAUCCGAGAGGGCAUGAAGAGGUUUCUGGCAUCUGGGGACGCUUAGGUUCAGCAUCUGUAACACUAGUCCACCUCUUGUUGGGUCAGGGGAAAGGGUGGUUUGGGUAGGGGAGGGGGCAAAAUAUCUCUUUCUUCAAUCUUUAUUUCAGGGCUCGUAUAGCUUGAGUUUUGGAAAACGCUUUCGUUGGUAAGGAUGAUGAUUUCUGUCAAGCAGGAAGUUUGGGGGACGUAGGUAUGUGUUUACAGGGAAUGAACACAAGUUUACAGGACAUACAGUGUACAGUCGGAGAACACAGAGUUCAGAGGUCAAGCGUGGAAUCAACCAGGUAUUACACACUUUAACUCACCACACACACACAGACACAUACACAUGCACACGAUUAUUUACAACGACUUUGCACACAUUCACACAGAAGAGAAAUUUUACACUCUACAAGGAAUGGACACACUUGUAGAUUUAUUUAGAUGUUUUAUCCAUAAAUGAUUUUCCUCAUUGCUUUAUUAUGACCGCAGAGUUUUAUUGAUUUACAAAGCAUUUUGGGAAAGAAAUAUUGAAGACUCCACUAUGGAGACCUCUUAUUUAUUUUUGUAUUAUGAUAUUAGCGUAGAGUUCUAUUAUUUGUCUUCUCAAUUAUUUAAGUACUCAAGAAUCUAUCCUGGGAAAGAAGCAUAGUAUAUUUUAUAACACACUACCUAGCAUUCCAGUUCAAGAGAAAAAAAAAAUCUCAGCAAGCAUGACUUCAUUCACUUUGAACCCCAUUUUUUUUCUCUCCACAAGUGUAAACUGAGUUCUAUCAAAUGAUUAUUAUUGUUUGAUAAAGGAUUUAUAUUAAUAUAUAUAUAUAUAUUAAAUUGGACACUAUAUAUUGUGAGCAUGAGUCUAUCUAUUUGGUAUGCAGUGCCACAUGUUCUGCAAACACACACACACACACACACACACACAAAAUCACCUCUAAGGUUCACUUUGUAUAUAGUGAAGUGUCUGCAAAUGAAUUAUGACAUAUAUAGAUAGAUAUAUAGAUAUCUUUAUCACAGACAAUCCAGUCUUGAUGAUUGUGACAUAGAGUUUUUAUUUAUCCAUGACGCCCCUUAGAAUGUGACACAUUUACCAUAUGAGAUUGAUUUUUAUUUAUUUAUUUUUUUUCCCCUUCGUGAGAUCCGAGCACAUUACAAGUCUCGUGUAAGUCCUGCUUUCGUUCGUAGGAGCAGUCAACUCAACAACAACGCACGCUUUUGUGGUAUUUUGCACUUUUUCUGCUUAGAAUGUAAAACUGACGUCAACGUCCCGCUGAAAAGGAGAUUCUCUCUUUUCAAGGCGAGGAAGUAGAGAGGUAGUAAAUAGGUUGGCCAAUAAGUAAAGACAAUAUCUGGAGAUAUUGUGGCGAACAAAAGAUAAAUACGCUGGAAAACUAUACAUGAAAAAGCACUAUUAGCAUUCUAAGAUAUGACAAUGCUAUCACAGUAGCAUGUUGAUGUUUUUGUCCCAGCUUUUUUGUCACAUUUGUGUUGUCUUGAUCCUACCUACACUUCAAUGUCGUGUCUUUAAAAAUGUACUAUGCCCAUUAUGUCUUGAGAAAGGUCACCCUGUGUGUUUGUAAAGGGGGUCAAGAGGCAGGACAACUGGUUCAUUCAUCAUCUUCACUCAAACCUUUCCUAGCAGUCAAACUACACUUAAUAUUUGAGGGAUUUCUAUGCAACAUCUACUGUCUAAAGGUGGUAACUGCAUCUUGACUCGCCAGAAAUGACACUUUGUGGGAGAGAAAACAUUUAUAUUUAUUUUUCUUUUGCACUGCUGCGUUUUCAUGUCCCCCCAUGAAAUGGUUAUUGCUUUAAUAUGAUUUUUAAGUUAUUUUGUAUUGCGAUAUAAAUCUUUAUUUAUUGCCUGUAAGACUAUUACAUAUGUUGUAUUAUAUUUGUUUACAGUACAUAUCAGUUGUACAUAAAAAAAAGGGUUGAGAAAUUUUGUUUUAUACACUAUGUAGUGCUUGUUUACAAGGUUUAGAGGGCCUGAAACUCAGAGAACCACAACUUUUUUUGUCCUUGUGCACCAACACACACUCAUAUACGGAAACUAACAUGCACAGAUCCAGAAUUUCACGUAGUUAUGAAUCUAAAUAACUUAACUGUUUGAAUGAUUCGCAUCUUUUUAUGUGCUCCCCUCUUUGAAUAGUUUCCAUUUCCAGUAUGUCUUUGAGAAAUGACCAAAAAAGACAACAUUGUAAUCAAUGGAUGUUAUACCUGAAAUAAUAGAAGUUUUAAGGUCAGUGUGUGUUUGUUUGUUUGCCUUAUUUUUAAACCAACGUGCUUGUGUGUGUAGCAUCUUCAUACCAAGUCCAUGCAUGCCAUCGGCUAUGAUGCAUAUCUCUUCUUUUAAGUGUUGUCUGUCUAAAAAUAUCAACUUUGAAAUCUCUCGUAACACACAAAGAAGUACACACGUGCACACAUACACAGACACACACACACACACACACAAAUGCCAUCUCUCUAUUUCCAACCUUGUAAAUACAUAGCUUUUUUAUACUGGGGUUUGGGGAGCAAUAGGUCUUUCAGCAGACAAAAAAAAAAAGAAAAGAAAAAAAAGCGUGCGAUCA